AUGGGCAUCGUCAGUAGUAAGCCCGAAGAGGGACCUGCUCUCUACUUGAGAGACCAGAACCGAUUGAGCAUAUCCUCCUUGGUCGUCACAAAUCCGCGAAAGCGCACUUCCGUGAACGUUGUUCCCAAUGCAUUUCCUGCUACUAGAGAUCCCGAUACUUCGAAUCCAACGGCACCGCCGAAUUUCCUCGUGAAGCUCAGCAAUGAUGACGAACUUAUAUUCUCCUUCACAUUUGUCAUGCGCCAGGUACAGCUUGCGCAACCAACAUCACCUUCCGACUCAGCACCCACCUCGGUCGAUACGAGCAUAUCGGGACUUACCUAUGUCUACGCCUCAAAUCUCAAAGAAGUCGAGAACUUGGUGACCAGAGAGUUUCAUGCAGAUCCGAACCUUCACAGAAACGCCAACGUCGCAUUGGUUGGUGAUUAUUCAACAGGAGGGAGCCCAUCAGUGUCAUUCGAAUGGACCUGGAAAUGGAAGCCCCCGAAGCCAACAGAGGACAAGGGUGGUGGCUGGAGAAACUCAUGCAGUUUUGUUGAAUAUGACCCUCGCGCGCAUCGACUGCACACGUUGGCCAGUUUCUCCUACUUUGUUGCAGGUACCAAACCUCAUGGGAACGUUUAUGCCUCACCCGCUCAUGCUUUUUCAGGCACGCCGGCGUCUUUGAGUCACCCGAGCUCACCAUCGCCUCCUUUCCUUUUGGCGUCACCGCCCAAAAUUCGUGUUGCGUCUUCUCAAUCAGUUGACUCUCGCAUGACUGUUCCCGAUGUGAUUGAUGAGCCUGUUUCACCUCUAGUUCCCUACGCCGAGAUACCUCUCACACCUGGACUACCUUACCUCAAAGAAGCUGUCAAAGUGGAUGUGGCUUGCCCUAAACCAGGUGAGGAAUCCAUGGUCAGUGACGAUGGACCUGUGUUCAGGGCUACUCUCAAGGCCCUAGAGCAAAAGACAGGCAAUAUGAGGACACAGAUGAAGAAAGUUUUAAAGAAAGCAGAACAUGCGCACUCUUGCCAGAACGAAGCCAACGAUGCCUUUCUUUCCUUUGUCGAUGCUCUACGAGAAGCGGCGUCGACCAAUGCCAACGCAGUGCAGCCAGCUUUGGAACAUUAUUUCGAUAAAAUCGCCAGAGAAAUCUUAUCGUACGAGCGCCAAAACACUUACAACCUCCAGAAGAUUAUCAUUGAGCCUGUAACAAAGCUAUAUCAAGUUGACAUCAAACAAGCCGAAUCGAAGAAACGAGACUUUGAGGAGGAAAGCAAGGAUUAUUACGCAUACUUAUCGCGCUAUUUGGGACAGCGACAGGAUUCGGUCAAGGCUAAGAAACUUGCGGAAGCCGAUUCCAAGUACCAAAACAAACGACGCAACUUCGAACUCAAGCGAUUUGACUAUUCAAGCUUCAUGCAAGAUCUCCACGGCGGUCGCAAGGAACAAGAGGUUUUAUCCCAGCUUACAAAAUUCGCCGACUAUCAAACACGGGGUUUCAUGGCAACUGCAAAGAAGAUCGAGGUCCUUCUUCCACAACUAGAGGCUCUAUCUAGCGAGGUCCAAGAAGCCGAUAAAGAAUACCAGUAUCAACGACGUGAGCGCGAGGAGAAAAGACGGCUUCUCGAGAAGAGCAAUACACCCUACAAGGAACCAGAUCAGGGCAGCACUGCAAGCAACAUGCCUAUUUCCUCUGCCAGCAAUGGCAAUACGGGCAACACAUCGGAUUCUGAUCUAGGCCGCGCCGAUAGCACAGGAUCCCAGUUGAAUGUCGGAUCAGUGGGCAUUCCAUCGGGUGUCGAGUUGUCUAGGUCUCCUGGCAGCCUUGGCCAGUCAUCCGUUGGAAGCCCAGUAGCGGUCUCUAAGUUUAAGGGCAUCCGGGAUCUCGAAGAACGAGAUAAUGUGCCAUCUGUUGUCACCCAUCGUAAAGAAGGUCUUUUGUGGGCGCUCAACAGACCUGGAGGACAUGUCGACCCGCGAAACCUGAACAAACAGGGCUGGCAUAAGUUCUGGAUUGUACUGGACCAGGGCAAGCUAUCUGAGUACAGUAACUGGAAACAGAGGCUCGAUCUUCAUAUGGACCCCAUCGACCUCCGCAUGGCAUCCGUCAGAGAAGCUCGCAAUGCAGAACGACGGUUCUGUUUCGAAGUUAUCACUCCCAGCUUCAAGAGGGUAUAUCAGGCAACAUCUGAAGAAGACAUGAACAGCUGGAUUAUGCACAUUAAUAAUGCUUUGCAGAGCGCGAUGGAGGGCCGCAGUUACCAGGGAAAGCCAACAUCAUCAAACGGUGAUUCCUCCAUGAGGAGGGACAUUGGCUCUGUCCUUACAGGGAAGACACAAUCGCUGAGCCAUGGCAACCACCACAAUACUUCUAACAGUGGUAUACCGAGCCGAAGGAUAACGGUUGGUGCACGACCGAGUGCCAUCAGGACUUCCAGCUCAGGCUAUGACGAAAAUCCUGAUCGAGUGCUUCAAAUGGUCCGAGACAACGAUCAAGGCAACCUGUGGUGCGCCGACUGCGGCUCUGGUUCCAAAGUUGAAUGGGUGUCGAUCAAUUUGGGCAUCAUCCUCUGCAUUGAAUGCAGCGGCAUCCACCGGUCGCUUGGUACUCAUAUCAGCAAGGUGCGAUCUCUAACGCUGGACAUAAAGUCCUUUACUAUUGAUAUUGUCGAGCUGCUACUGUUGAUUGGAAACCGAGUAUCGAACAUGAUUUGGGAAUCAAAGCUCGACCAGUCGCAGAAGCCGACAGGUCAGGCCAGCCGCGAACAGCGUCUCCGAUUUAUCACAUCAAAGUAUGUAGACAGGGCGUUCGUUGAACCUAUUUCGCCAACUUUGUCGCGCUAUGGCACGGCAGACGAGACCUUGCUGGCUGGCAUUAAGAAGAACGAGAUACAGCAGGUGCUCUAUGCGUUGGCGCUCAAGGCGAACCCAAACACAGUCGACAAGAUGAGAGGUACGCAUGCUGUAUGGCUUGCUCUGGCUGCGGCAGACCCGGCAGCACCGUCACCAACACCAUCGCACACAGCAUCCGACGAAGCCAAAGCAGUACCAUUUCCAGUAGCCGAGUUGUUGGUCCAGAACGGGGCUGAAAUUCCUGGAACAAUGCCAGCAUUUCCCCUAGGCCGUUACGCGCAGCUCUACGUAGAGCAGAAGCGUGGACGUACGCUCGUAGGAGGGGGAUCAAGCGAUGCAGUGCCCUCGCUGCCUGCUAACAUGAGUCCAGCCGAGAAGCUCCAGCGCGAGAAAGAAGCUCGACUUCAGAAGCGAGUUAGUACGGGAGGCAGGCUAGCCAGAUCUGCGAUCCCCGAGAGAUAG